CGAGCAAAGAAAUCCCCCAUUCACACCGUUCUGCUCGACUCCCGACCUCUCACGGCUUCCCCCCGUUGGGCAGCUCCGCCGCCGCGCCGCGGCUUGAGCAGCUGCAGCAUAUUGAGGAGCCUCGACCAUAUUCGCGGCUUCCCCCUCUCCGCCCUCUUCCCGAAUCAUCUCUCUCCCUUGUUCCCCUCUUGCCUUUUCCCCUUCCAGCCUUCUCUUUGCCUGAUUCCAACAAGCAAACCCUAGAGCCCAAUCAAUCUGCAUCCCUUCUGAUCAUUUAGCCAUGCAUCUCACUCUUGAAUUCGGGGGCGGUCUGGAGCUGCUCCUGGAGAAAUCCACCAAGGUGCACAAGGUGGAUGUCCCGCCCAUGGACGACGAAGUCAAGGCCACGAUGAAAGGGUUGCUCUCUUGGGUGAAGUCCAAUUUGAUCAAGGAGCGGCCGGAGAUGUUCAUCAAGGGCGAUUCCGUGAGGCCUGGGGUUCUUGUCCUUAUAAAUGAUUGCGACUGGGAAUUGUGUGGUGGCCUUGAUGCAGAGUUGGAAGAUAAGGAUGUGGUUGUCUUCAUCUCCACACUACACGGUGGUUGAUUUAAUGCUUUUGUUGCCUACUACAUAUUGUACCGUAAGAAACCGAUGGAAGAUACUGGGUUUCGUGAGUUGUGGAAAAGAAACGAAAUGCAUUUUCAAUGCCACUAUGAUUUUCUCCUUAUUUCACUACUAGGUGGAAGAUCCAUUGGCUAUUGUUGAUCUAUACUCAUAAACACUAACAAUGAAUAGUCCUUGCCUUUCGAUAUAGUUUUGGAAUUGUAACAACAGUGGAUAGAAUUUCCAUUCUUCGAGAUCUUCUCAUUCAAGUCA